GUUCCAAAAAAAAGGAAACAAUAUUAUAAUUUUCAUCAGUCAGACCAUUAAGUGUAUAUAAGAAGCUUAUUGAAGCUGGAGUGAGCUUCAUAAAGUUAACCAAGAAAUAUAUAUAAUCUAUAUAUAUAUAUGUGUGUGUGUGUAUAUAAAUGCACAGUCUUUUUUAUUUUAUGUUUUUCUACAUUAGGGUUUUCACUUUUGGGGAGGUCAAAUGUCAAAAGCUGGUUUGGUAGGUUUGUUGUGAAGUAGUGAAAAAUGGUAUCAAAAUCAUACUCAAACCUCUUGGAUUUCGCCUCCGGCGAGGCUCCAUCCCCAUCUUUUAGCCGGAUGACCCACCGGAUUCCACGUAUUAUGACUGUUGCUGGUAUAAUUUCUGAUCUGGACGAUGACCCAUCAGAGAGUGUGUGCUCUGACCCCUCAUCAUCCUUGGUCCAGCGUGAUCGAAUAAUCAUUGUAGCCAACCAGUUGCCAAUAAGGGUGCAGCGGAAACCCGAUAAUGGCAAGGGGUGGAUUUUCACUUGGGAUGAGAAUUCACUUCUCCUUCAAUUGAAAGAUGGGUUGGGUGAUGAUGAGCUUGAUGUUAUAUAUGUGGGUUGUCUCAAGGAAGAAAUUCAUCCAAAUGAACAAGAUGAGGUGUCACAGAUACUUCUUGAGACGUUCAAGUGUGUGCCCACUUUUUUACCGCCUGAUCUGUUUAGUAAAUACUACCAUGGGUUCUGCAAACAACAGUUGUGGCCUUUGUUCCACUACAUGUUGCCCCUCUCACCAGACCUUGGCGGUAGAUUCAAUCGCUCGCUGUGGCAAGCUUAUGUGUCAGUUAAUAAGAUUUUCGCAGAUAGGAUUAUGGAAGUGAUUAACCCGGAAGAUGAUUUUGUGUGGGUUCAUGAUUAUCAUCUAAUGGUUCUGCCCACCUUCUUGAGGAAGAGGUUCAACAGAGUUAAACUUGGGUUUUUUCUCCAUAGCCCUUUUCCCUCUUCGGAAAUUUACAAGACUUUGCCCAUCAGGGAGGACCUUUUGCGGGCUCUUCUGAAUGCUGAUUUAAUUGGGUUCCAUACUUUCGACUAUGCCCGUCAUUUCCUCUCGUGUUGUAGUCGGAUGCUUGGCUUGUCUUAUGAAUCAAAGCGGGGCUAUAUAGGCCUUGAGUAUUAUGGUCGGACUGUUAGUAUAAAAAUUCUUCCAGUUGGUAUCCAUAUGGGCCAGCUUCAGUCGGUCUUGAGCCUUCCAGAGACCGAAGCAAAGGUUGCCGAGCUUGUCAAGCAGUUUUGUGAUCAAGAUAGGAUAAUGUUACUUGGGGUGGAUGAUAUGGACAUAUUUAAGGGCAUUAGCCUGAAGCUAUUGGCGAUGGAACAGCUGCUUGUGCAGCACCCAGAGUGGCAAGGGAAGGUUGUUUUAGUGCAGAUAGCCAAUCCAGCUAGGGGCCGAGGCAAAGAUGUGAAAGAAGUUCAGGCUGAGACAUAUUCAACAGUGAAGCGGAUUAAUGAAACCUUUGGGAAACCAGGGUAUGAACCCAUUGUCUUGAUUGAUCAGCCUCUCAAGUUUUAUGAGAGAAUUGCUUAUUAUGUUGUGGCUGAGUGUUGCUUGGUCACAGCUGUCAGGGAUGGUAUGAAUCUCAUACCUUAUGAAUAUGUAAUUUGUCGCCAAGCAAAUGAUAAAUUAUUAAAGACUUUGGGGAUAGAACCAUCCACCCCAAAGAAGGGCAUGUUAGUCGUGUCCGAGUUCAUCGGAUGCUCCCCAUCUUUGAGUGGAGCAAUUCGAGUAAACCCAUGGAAUAUUGAUGCAGUGGCAGAGGCAAUGGACUGUGCGCUGGAAAUGGCCGAGCCAGAAAAACAACUACGGCAUGAGAAGCAUUAUAGAUAUGUUAGUACCCAUGAUGUUGGAUAUUGGGCUCGUAGUUUCUUGCAAGAUUUGGAGAGAACGUGUAAGGAUCAUGUGCGGUGUAGGUGCUGGGGUAUUGGAUUUGGGUUGAGUUUCAGGGUUGUUGCACUUGACCCUAGUUUCAGGAAGCUCUCAAUGGAAUACAUUGUUCCUGCUUACAGAAGGACUAUAACUAGGGCAAUUCUUCUUGAUUAUGAUGGCACCUUAAUGCCGCAAGCUUCAAUCGAUAAGAGCCCAAGCUCUAAAACCAUCGAGAUGCUAAACAGUUUGUGUAGAGACAAGAACAAUAUGGUUUUCAUUGUCAGUGCGAGAAGCCGGAUCAUGUUGGCAGAAUGGUUUUCUCCUUGUGAAAAGCUCGGGAUUGCAGCUGAGCAUGGCUGUUUUCUAAGGUUGAAGCGGGGUGAGGAAUGGGAAACAUGUAUAUCGUUGAUAGAUUGUAGCUGGAAGCAGAUCGCAGAACCAGUGAUGAAGCUUUACACAGAGACAACCGAUGGUUCCACGAUUGAAGAUAAGGAAACUGCACUUGUCUGGUGUUAUGAAGAUGCAGAUCCUGAUUUCGGAUCUUGCCAAGCCAAGGAACUUCUUGAUCAUCUUGAAAGUGUGCUUGUUAAUGAACCAGUCACAGUCAAGAGUGGGCAAAAUAUUGUGGAGGUUAAGCCACAGGGUGUAAGCAAAGGACUUGUUGCCAAACGAUUACUUUCCACCAUGCAAGAGAGGAAUAUGACACCAGAUUUUGUCCUGUGCAUAGGAGACGAUCGAUCUGAUGAAGACAUGUUCCAGAGACAGGCAGGGGACAAAGGGACCAGAAAUUCGCUAUUUUGUCGUUCAUUUUCAAGGAAGCGGAAAAAUAGCAGCGGUGUAUUUUUGAUCACUCGGUAUAGUUGGGCGUUUCUUAUGACCCAGCUGUUGUCUUCCUUCUCCUGGCUUCAUCUGUGGGGCUAUCUGGUAAGAAAGUUCAGUAUUUUAUGUUCCAAGUAUAUGAAGUAUUUCUCGGGCCCUUGUUGCCAAGGCUAAGAAUGUAUGGUCUCAAUCUUUGUAUGCUCUCACAUGUUUACUUUCUCAUGGAUUGUAUUGUUCACUUGAUUUUUCGGAGAAAUUAUUACAUGGUUCCGGCCAAGUUGAGCUCUAAAAAGCAGCAGCAGCAGCUGUCAGUGAGCUUUCCUAAUGUUCAAUGGUAAGAGAAGGGUGGAAUUCAUUCUUUCUUUUGUUGAAUCUUGCUUUUUCACCUGCAAGUGCAAGUUGUGAUUAGUCGGGACUCUGUAGUCCCAGACCAUGUAAAAAUUGUGUGACGAAUUGUGAUCCACCGGGAACAUGUAAAAAUUUCUCUGGUUUUUCUAGGUACGAGGCUUCAUAACAUUGUUACUUUGACU